AUUAAAACAUGGAGUCUUCCCGAUUUUCUUGCCGCGGAGAGGCGGAAAUAUCCAAGUUACUAGAAGACAAGGAUUCUACAUGGACAAAAAAAUCGACUAAACAAGCAGUCAAGAUUUUACGAGAAUUUUGUGAGGAAAAACGCCAACCUCAAGAUUUUGAAAACAUGGACAAAGAAGACCUCAAUGAACUGUUGAAAUCGUUUUACGCAAAUGCAAGGAAAAAGGAUGUUUUGUUCUCUUUGACACUUGUCAUUCAAUAAAAAUGUGCUCGGAAUCAUCAACCGGAUGUCAUUCAAAAUGCAUUUAUCAAUGAAUGCGAGAAUCUGCAAAAUAAUAUUUUUAUUUUUAUUGGUCGUUCAUAAUCUGUCAGUAUAUACAAGAGCGGAAAGCGUACAUGUAAUCACUGUGCCAAAAAAGAUAUCAUCUUCUCAGUGGACAUGGAAUUGGAAAGCAACUGGGCCAACUGGAGGUGGUGUAGAUCAGUGGAAGAAUGCUUGGCCCAAUGGUGAUAUAUCUAAACCUGUGCAAUAUUCUGUUUGUGAUGCAUCGCCCAAUACUCCGAAAGCAAACCAGUGGCUAACAAGUACAGACAUUUCUAGUGGUCUUGCUAACAGGAUUGAUAUAAUCAUAGAGUAUGCUAUGAGUGAUUGCUCUGUCAUAAACAAUCAAUACUGUCGUCAAAACUUUAGCUUAUACCUACACGAAUCCCCUACUCAACUUCCUGAUAAGUCGUUUCCUAAUCCCUACACAAACCUUGGUAUAUUUGAGAAAAUAGGAACGUCAAGCCCUAAAGUACUGACCACUGGAAGCCUCGACCAAGCACAACGAAAUAAAGAAACAUUCUCAGCGAUGGUAAAUAAACCUUAUGCAUAUCUUGCUUUAUACUACCAAGGAGGUUGUGUGAAACUAUUUUCUGUUAGCGUGCAAUAUUAUCAAUGUCCUUCCAUCAAACUUUCAUCGAAUCUCGUACAAUUACCGCAGACCAUAGCCCCUGCGAAUAACUCAACCAAAGUUAAAGGGUCUUGCAGUAGUGCACAACACCUCAAACCGCUGACCAACGAGAGUGACUUGUAUGGAUAUUGCCAAGAUGAUGGAGAAUGGAGCACUGAUAGGUACCACGGGGAGUGUGGAUGUGAUUAUGGAUAUGGAAAGGUUGCUACAGUCAGUGGUGGAUCAGAAUGUAGAGCAUGUCCUCUUGGUACGUAUAGCGACAAAGUUAGUAACAGCAACUGUGCCACGUGUCCACUCAACAGCGAACAGGACAGUAGCAGAACCAGUUGUGAUUGUAAGCCAAACUUCUACAGGACAGACAAACAAACAAAGUUUGACAGCUGUGCAGGACAACCUUCAGCACCUCAAGGCUUAAGCAUCACAUUCCUUAAUGCAUCAUUUGUUACUGUGACAUGGUCUCCACCUACUGACAAUGGAGGACGAACAGAUUUGUAUUACACAGCAGAAUGCAAGCAAUGUAACGACCAAGGAACGGAAUGCAUACAAGAAUGUACUGGUUCUAAUAUUACUGUCAAUCAAAACUCUAGACUCGCUAGCAUCAACAGUCUUUCAGCUUACACAAAUUACCAGUUGAAAGUCUAUGCUAAGAAUGGAGUGAGCAAGUUAGCUGAAGAGAAAAAUGAUUUGGCAAAGUUUGCUGAAUACAUAAUAAGAACGAAAGAAUCAGUUCCAGGAAUCCCAGUAGUCACUGUAAAACAACUGAGUUCCACAUCAGUGCUUUUGAGUUGGGAGGUCGAAGAAAAGAACGGUGUUAUCACGUACUAUCAGGUGUCGUACUAUCCUGUGGAUCAUCCUUCGAACGUCAAGAAAUUCAACACAACAUCAACUAAUGCGUCUAUUACUGGCUUGGAGACAGGAAAGAAGUAUAUGUUCCAGGUACAAGCGAGCUCACCUAUUGGCCUUGGACCUUCCGCCAGCCAAACCAUGGUGGUCGCAGAUAACCAAGAGAAACAGAGGGCCGAUGUCACGGUACCUAUUCUGGGAACCAUGGUUGGCAUUCUGUUGUUCGGCAUCGCUGUUCUAGUCAUUGUUUAUUUUGUAAGAAAAAGAGGAAGAAGAAGAGCUUCAGCAACAUCAAGUUCCCUUGAUCAGAAACAAACAGUCAAGUUUGCACCACCUCCAAAAGACCCAAAUAUGAAUAAUGGCAUUGUCUUCCUUGAGGGUUUCAACAAUCCCCAGGAAUCACAUGACCAAGAAACACCAGAAUCACGUGAUGACCUAUAUAUGGUGGUACCAGACGAUGCUAAUUGGGAGGUACCAAGAGAAAACAUAUCUGUCAUCAAACGUCUUGGUAGUGGUAACUUUGGUUAUGUUGAUAAAGCCAUUGCUAUUGGCCUUCCUGGUAUUCCUGGACAAGUGAUGGUAGCAGUGAAGACAUUAAAGGAAAACGUGAAACUCAGGGACAAGGAAGAUUUCCUAACUGAGCUGAACCUGAUGAUGAGAAUGGCACCUCACAGACAUGUAGUCAGGUUAUAUGGUUGUUGCACGAUACCUGGUGGUCCUCAGUCCAUCAUACUGGAAUAUUUGCCGUACGGCGAUUUGCUUGGCUACCUGAGGCGCUCCAGAGGUCACGAAGACUCGUACUGCUCAGGUGAUCUUCGUCCUGAGUCUAGACUGAAAUCUAAGGACUUGCUGAGGUUCGGUUGGAUGAUUGCAGAUGGGAUGAGCUUUCUUGCUGAUAACAAGUGCGUGCAUCGAGAUCUUGCUGCUCGUAACGUCCUCGUAGGAGAAAACAAGAUCUGUAAAAUUUCAGACCUGGGACUUGCAAGGAAAGUCAGUGAAGACAUCUAUACACGCUCUUCUAGGGCCAGACUUCCUGUCAAGUGGAUGCCACCAGAGUCAAUCUUUUUUGGACAAUCGACCAUUGCCAGUGACGUGUGGGCCUAUGGUAUCGUCUUGUGGGAGCUCUUCACUCUGGGUGAUUCGCCGUAUCCUGGUUGCAAUGGAAAUGAUGUUACAAGGCUUCUUCGCGAAGGUUACAGGAUGCCCAAACCUCCACAUCUCUCAAAAAUACUUUACUCUCUGAUGCUGAAAUGUUGGAAGGAUAAACCCGAAGAGAGACCCCCUUUUAACACAAUCCGAGAGGAGAUCAACACUUACUUCAAGGCUACAGAGGAUUACAUCAACCUUGACGUAUUCGAAGACAGCCUCUAUGUUAAUUUUGAUGCUUUGUAGCUACAAGUUUUGUAAUACGUUAGUACCAACGUUAAACAGGUUUGGGUAUCAUGACAUCAUCGCGCUACCCACCCUUAUUACAACCGUGCCAAGAUGAUUUGUAUAAGGAGCAAAUUAGGGGGGAGGAUGUAACUGAUUACGCACUAUAAAGCUAAUAAGUCGAUUAAUUAAUAUACUAAUAGCCUUAAUUCGCGAUUGCAUACUAAAGAGUAAAUUAUCAUUAUUUGCCACUCUAUUUGAUAGAUGAAUUUAAAGCUGCUGCUGGAAGCGUAAAACAGAUUAAUAAUACUUAUUGACUCAAUCGCCAGCUUAAAACUUUUGUUCUAUGAAAGUGAUUCAUUGAACAUUAUUCAAACGACCCGUCGAACCAUCCAUUUCACACAACAGGAGCGGUCUUACUUUACGAAGCCCAUAGAAGUUAUAGUUAUCGUAUAAGCACUAUCCAGAGGAUAAAAGCGCUAUCCCGAACUAGAGUUAUCCUUGUAUAAAAUCCAGCAGUUACAACUAUUAUUAUAGCCUCGUGCGACAAAGGAAGACAUAUGGUUAGAGUUUUAGAUUAGGUUGGAUCUUUUGGGUAAGAAUUUAUCUGAUGUAUAGUGCUUAUUCGGGAUUCAUACAAGCAGACACUUUUUUAGACGUUAAGCUCCAAGAAGCUCCCCUCCCUUUCCUGCCAAGGAACAUGUUUUCAGUAUAUCAAGUUCAUUUUUCACGGUUACUAAAAAUAGAUAUCGCAAAGACUUGUUGGAUCGAAAUGCACACAAACAUUGCAAAUAAACAAAGACUUCGAUAACAUUGAAAAAAAGAAGAAGAAUAGCAGUCAAAAAACCAUAGUUCUACCAUGAAUUGCAACAAGACUACAAAACAUUGUUGCAGCUAGCAUGUUAGCUGGGCUUGGCUUGUUCGGAAAGGCCCUUGGCAGUUCAGUAAUCACGUGCUGAUUAAUUCACUGCGAGCAAAUGAAUGAACAUCUUUAUGAACAUGGGUGAAAUUUACUGGUGAGCAAACACACUUUCUACAACCUGUUUCAAGUGAUCGUAAUAAAACUACA